AGCCGAGCCCUCCGGCCGCUGACCGCCGGUGCCAUGGAGGACGAGCAGCCCGACAGCCUGGAGGGCUGGGUGCCGGUCCGCGAGGACCUCUUCGCCGAGCCCGAGCGGCACCAGCUGCGCUUCCUCGUGGCCUGGAACGACAAGGAGGGCAAGUUCGCGGUGACCUGUCACGACCGCACGGCGCAGCGGCGUCGGCGGCGGCGCGAGGGGAGCCGGCAGGGGUCCCCACCUGAGCCCGAGCCUGAGCCCGAGCCCGAGCCCGCGCCCCCGCCCAGCUGGGCGGGCCUGCUCUCGGCCGCCGGGCUCCAAGGCGCGCACCGGCAGCUGGCGGCGCUGUGGCCGCCGCUGGAGCGCUGCUUCCCGCCGCUGCCGCCGGAGUUGGAGGCAGGCGGCGGCGGGGCCUGGGGCCUGUGGGCGUUGGUGUGGCCCGCGCGUGCGAGCCCCGGCGAGGCGGCCCUGCAGGAGCUGUGCGUGCGGCUGGAGCGCUACCUGGGCCAGGCGGCCGACGGCUGCGGCGCCGCGGCCGUGCGUGAUGCGCUCCUUCCGGCCGACGGCGGCGCGCCCGACUGCGAGAGCCCGCGCGCCUUCCGGGAGCGCGCCCUGCGCGCGCGGUGGGCCGAGGCGGGCGCGCGGCUGCAGCAGAUUCUUCAAGGGCAUGAAAAAGCAAGCACCAUGGUAGCAUUAAUGGAAGUUUAUCGAGAAGAAGAUGAAGUGUACCAGGAAUUAGUUACCAUGGCAACCAUGUUCUUCCAGUAUUUACUGCAGCCCUUUAGAGAUAUGCGAGAAGUUGCGACUUCAUGUAAGCUUGAUAUUUUGAAAUCCUUGGAUGAAGAUGACCUAGGUCCUAAAAGGAUAGUGGCCUUGCAGAAGGAAGCCCAAGAAUGGACUAGACGGGCUGAAGAAGCUAUAGUCUCUAUUCAGGAUAUUACUGUGAAUUAUUUUAGAGAAACAGUGAAAGCAUUAGCAGGAAUGCAGAAACAAAUGGAACAGGAUGAGAAGAGAUUUGGCCAGGCUGCCUGGGCCACAGCAACCCCAAGGUUAGAAAGACUCCAGCUGAUGUUAGCCCGGGAGUCUCUGCAGCUCAUGAGAGCCAAAGAGCUGUGUUUAAAUCACAAAAGAGCUGAAAUUCAGGGAAAGAUGGAAAAUCUUCCAGAACAAGAAAAAAAUAUAGAUGUUGUAGAUGAAUUAGAAAUACAGUAUUAUGAAGUUCAACUAGAACUAUAUGAAGUUAAAUUGCAGAUAUUAAAAUAUGAAGAAAUACUACUUAUUACACAGUUGGACUCUAUUAAAAGACUUAUAAAAGAUAAACAGGAUGAAGUUGUCUAUUAUGAUCCAUGUGAAAGUCCAGAGGAACUUAAAGUCAUUGACCGAGUAACGGGGCUAAAGGAUGAUAGGAAUUUGGAGGUGAAAGAGCUCAGCCAGCGGUGCCAGCAGCUGGAGAGCAAACGGGGCAGGAUCUGCGCUAGAAGAGCCCAUCUCAGGAACAGAAAGGAUCAAUGCAAAGAAAAUCAUCGGCUCCGAUUGCAGCAGGCUAAAGAAAGUAUAAAAUAUUUUCAUCAGCAUCACAGUAUUCAGAUGAAAAGAGACAAGAUCAAAGAAGAAGAGCAAAAGAAAAAAGAAUGGAUAAACCAAGAACGCCAAAAAACACUGCAACGAUUGAGAGCAUUUAAAGAGAGAUGUCCAGGUCGGUCUGUACUAAAGGCCUCUUGCUCAGAACCGGAGGCUCCACACCUGCCAGGUGGACUCUCCCAGCGGACCUCCUUGCCAGCUUCUCAGAGGAAGGCGGUAAUCCAUCCGGCUGCCAGGAAAACCGGAAGUGCUCCCUUGCCUGAAGUCAGUCACGUGAAAACCUCCGAGUUUCGGGACUGUCCUGGAGGUAUCCCCGCCCAGAUUUUUGUUCCAGCUGGUGAUCAGACACACUCCAGAUCCAGUGAGGAAUUGUCACUACCAACACAACCUCCUGCCCCUCCGCCACCGCCACCCCCACCCCCGCCACCACCACCGCCCCCGCCACCACCGCCACCACCACCGCCCCCGCCACCACCGCCACCCCUCCCAGCCUUGGCCCUGUCUUCUCAAUCUGCAAAUCAUCGGAAUUUACAUGUCAGGACUUCAGUAAAAGAUGAUCAGCCACUUCCUCUAGUGUGUGAAUCUCCUGCCGAAGGACCGCGUGAAUCCUCAGACAGUUUGAAAUGCCCAGGAUCUAUGGAUGACGUGUUGGCCUCCUUGAGGCGUGACAGAACCCCGCUCCAGACAGUGGACGUGCCCUCGGCCCCUCCCUGCACUUCAGUCAACGAGCACAUUCUGGCUGCCAUAAGGCAGGGCGUCAAACUGAAGAAAGUUCACCCCGACCGUGACCUGAGCCCCAGCAGUAAACCAACCAGCGACCUGGAGAGGAGCAUCAAGGCGGCGCUCCAGAGAAUCAAGAGGGUGUCUGCGGACUCAGACGAGGAGGAGGAGGAGGGGGAGGAGGACGGCGCUGGGCAGGGCCUCAGCGACUGGGACCAAUGAGCCCUUCUCCAAGGCCAAGGGCCGUGCAGUGUGCUGGCAGGAAGGCACCGGGGCCCCAGGCUCGUUCUUGGAAAGUAUGUGAACAGGGCAGACCGGCCACACAACGCCCGGGAGAUGCAAGGCUGUGUGUGUGCGUGUGGUCGCAGCUUUCGUUUAAUGUUGUGGCUCUUAAAACCAGGGAAGUACAGAUGUGGGGACUGUCACACACCGAACCGUAGCUGGGAAUCUAAGACCAGCACUAAGUGUUGCUGGCGUAAGAGGAUAGUAUUUCUUUUUCACCGUGGAUGUUCUAGAAUCAUUCCCUUAUUCUGAAAAACGUUUACACUCUGAUGGCAUAUGGUAAACAGCACUCUUAGACUACUGAUCAUGUCCUGUGUGUGUGCAGUAGUGCUUUCCUCAGAUUGAAAGGUUUGAAUGUGAACAUUAUAAUAGCAAUAACCAGAAUACAUUGCUCAUAUUCAGGAGUUCUUUUAAAUAUUUUAAAUGAAAUGUAUUUUAUGUAUCGAGCAUUCUAUCAAGUCAUAAUAAAGAACUAUUUAUAAUGCAUCUGUGUCGUUCAUGAGGAAAUGAAAUCUUAACUGAUGAAAAGCACAGCCUUUCCUGUGUGUGUUAAAGUUUUUAAUAAGAUUUCAGCUAAACGUUUAAGCAAAUGCUAAGGAGAAAGUGUUCCCUUCAAAACUGAAGUCCCAUUGCUGGUCUCCCUUCCCCUCCUUGCUUUGUGUUGAAAUUAGGAAAGGAGAAGGGACCGAUAAACAGCAGAACAUGCAUUUCUCCAAUCGCCCAGUUUCCCACUAACCUCAUAUCCCUCACGGGGCCGUGACAAUUCUGGGUUUCCACAGAACGAAAUAACGCUGGGCUUCUGUUCCAAAUCCCAGAGGCAGGUCACGUGGUGUGCCCUCAGCCUCUGUCCCCACCACAGACAGGCCAAGCUUAGCCCUAAAGUAUUUCUCUGGAAAGAAUGUGAUAUUUUAAAAAAAUGGCAAAAUCAAAAAUGCGUAUUUUACAGUUAGCUAUCA